CCAUCGUAUCCCCGGAGUAAACCGCUGGUGCGCGACGCGAGAGAAGCGGACGACGCACGAUCGCGGCACCCCGUCUGUGGCGCGGCGCGACGCGGCGCGGUGCGGCGCGGCUCCACUGACACGUCUGCUGACACGUACUGUCAAAAUGUAGAGAGGCUCGACAUCGACAGCGACGGCAGGGUUUUCAACGUCGAGAAGUUGAUCGCGUCCACGAAGGAGAGAAAACAUGUCACUGGAUUUCCGCGAAUGAACCCGGAUCAAAGAAAGAGAAAGAGAGAGAGGAGCCACGACGAGCCAGAUCUUCAAAUUCCUGGCCGUGAUCUCGUAGACGGACGUCGGCGGUUGCACAUGUGAUCCUCUCUGAGUAGCCGACCCUAUUUGGCAGACGCGAUGAAGAAGUUCACGAUCAAGGGUGUACUCGACGGGUUCCGGUCGUCGGUCCCGCAGCCCACCAAGCCUGACCAGGAGAUCAUCGAGAAUCUCAAGCCGGAGCACUUUCAAGUUAAGAAGACAUUCAGACACGGCUUCCCGCAUCAACCGACAGCGUUGGCAUUCGACCCAGUUCAAAGGCUCCUAGCUAUUGGCACUAAAUCAGGAUCCCUCAGGAUUUUGGGUAGACCGGGCGUGGAUGCACACGUUAAACACGAAGAAUGUUCGCCCGUGUUACGACUGCAGUUCCUGAUCAACGAAGGAGCGUUGGUGUCCGCUACGGAGGACGACACCUUGCAUUUGUGGAACUUCCGUCAGAAGAUACCGCAGGUGGUACAUAGCCUCAAGUUUCAGAGAGACAGAAUCACUUGCAUACAUUUACCACUGCAAAGUAAAUGGUUGUACAUUGGGACCGAUCGAGGAAAUAUUCAUAUACUGCACAUUGAAACGUUUGUUCUAUCCGGAUAUGUAAUUAAUUGGAACAAGGCUAUUGAAGUAUCUAGAAAGACUCACCCUGGUGCUGUAGUACACUUGAGUGAUAAUCCUUUAGAUUUGAGCAAGAUGCUUAUAGGAUAUUCGUCAGGGCAAAUUGUUUUAUGGGAUUUAAAAACCAAGAUUGCUGACUAUAGAUGUCAAACAGAUGAUUUAUUAACAUCGAUAACAUGGCAUCAUGAAGGUAAACAAUUCAUGUGCAGCCACUCGGAUGGUUCUCUUUCGACUUGGACUAUUCGGCAAUUAAAACCGAGUAUAACAUUUCCACAUGCAAAAUUCUCUAAAGAUGGAGAACCUGAACGUUGCAAAGCCAUUCAAAAAGUAGAAUGGAAAUUAUCGAGAUCGGGAGAAGCAUAUGUGAUAUUCUCUGGUGGAUUAGCACAGGACACCACCGGGAGAACACCCAGCAUUACAGUGAUACAUGGAAAAACUACUACGGUGCUCGAAAUGGAACAUAAUGUUAUAGACUUUAUAACGUUGUGUGAUAGUCCAUGGGCUAGUGGUACAGUAAAACAUGCUUUCUAAUUAAUAAUUAUAUAUAUAUAUAUAUAUAUACAAAAUGAUCUGGUUGUGAUAGAUUUGUUAACUACUGGAUUCCCUUGUUUUGAGAAUCCAUAUCCUAUGGAUAUUCAUGAAUCUCCUGUGACAUGUUGUGCAUAUUUUGCGGAUUGCCCUUCAGAUCUAGUACCUGCGUUUUAUUCCGUUGGUUCGAAGUCACAGAAAAAGACUGGUUUUAGCGAGAAAGAAUGGCCUAUCUCCGGUGGCGAAUGGAGCUCCAGUUCUAGCAGUUAUAACGAAAUUAUUCUUACGGGGCAUGCCGAUGGAAGUAUAAAAUUUUGGGACGCUUCUGCGGGAACAUUACAAGUCCUUUACAAACUAAAGACGGCGAAGCUUUUUGAAAAAACUAGAACGCGUAGUGUAGAUUCCGAAGAAGAUCCGUUAGCGAUUCAACUUAUCUUCCUUUGUCCUGAAAGUCGAAAAUUAGCUAUUGCAGGAAAUGGCAAGCAUGUCGUGUUGUUCAAAUUUAAAAAGAUUGAAAGUAUGUCUGAAGUAGUGACUUUGGAAAUAUGCUUAUCGGUGGAUCCAUUAAAAGAAGCGGACAAUUCACCAGAUCGUGAGUCUCCUGCAACCGGAAACACCGUAGGAAAUGUAGAAACGAAGACUAUAGAAUUCAAUCAUCCGCUCAAAGUCAAAACGGGUCUGCAGAAAAGGCCAGCCGGUUUUCAAGCGACAUUGAUUUGUUUGACAACUGCACCUCCUGGAGAAUUACCCGAAAAUAUAACAUCCCUUAAUUUAAAUUCCUCAUACGGCCUAUUGGCCUAUGGAAAUGAGUCAGGGUUAGUGAUAGUGGACAUCGUGCAGAAGAUUUCUUUAGUCGUAUUGAACACCAGUGAUCUUGGUGGUGGCGAUCCUUAUCAACGCGUCUUGCGAAGUCCCAAACGGCAGGACGAAUUAAAACGAGAAAAUGAAGAUAAGGCACGAAGUCCAAGUACAGAUCAGAGUCAGCGAGAAUCCGUGAUGGAAUCCGAGCCGAUAGUUACAAGGAUAGCGGAUUCGAUCCAACAAGUACAGCAACAACAACAGUGUUCUCGCAAUGAGAGUCUGACUGGAAACAGUAGCGAUAAACCGAAUGCGGAGGAAACCAUGAAUGAAUCCAAUAAAGCGAGUAACACUCCUAACGGCGACGAGUGUCAGAAAAGCCAAGGUUGGAAGGGAUUUAGUCUCAAAAGACAACUAAGCAAGGUUGAUCUGAAGAUUAAAAAUACUUUUACACCGUCCUCGGUGUCGUCUCAGAAUGAUGGGAGCUCGUCGUCGGGGCUCAUGCAAGUACCUCAAUGCCAGCAGAUAAGCAGCGAUACUGACAGUCAAAAGUCUUCCACGUUUUACUGCAAUAUCAACGAAGCGACCAGCACAAGUCGUUCGCUGUCGCCAGUCGAAAGUGUUGACUCUGAGUCCUCGUUAUCGCCGGAGAGUCAAUCUCCUGGACACGAGAGUCCUCAGACCGAUGACAAGAAGCAAGAGAUCCAAGAGGCUAGAAGCCCGACGGAGAACGAGAAUGAGAAAACGAUAAUAAGCAAUGACAAUAUUGGUGCGAAAACUGAAGCGGUAAGACCGAUGAACUUGUCUUUGCCCGAACACGAUGCAAAACCACCGAGAUUGAAAUAUAUUGCCAAGAUCAAACAAGCAAAGAGAGAAGGCCGUUUACUCUCGGUGCCAAAUCUAAAAUUUUCCAAGAACGAGACAACCGUUUGUGACCUAAGAUGCGAGGAGAGUGCUACCUCAGAAUCGUUCACCGGCAAUUUUAUAAGAAGAUUCAGUCGGAUAGACAAAUUCGACGGCUCCUUCCAACGAUCAAGGAGCUCGAGUAUGUCGUCCCUCGAAAAUAUCACCACCGAAACCAUAAGCUGCCUUACAUUUGCGGAUUCUUAUACGAAAAAAAACGAUAUAAACGGCAUGCCGACGUUAUGGAUUGGCACGUCUCUGGGAUCUGUACAGACUGUUGUAUUCAACACGCCUACCCACAGCGAACGUCAUGCUCACCCAGUGGUUGUGUCUACUUGUAAUGGAUCUACUUUCAAACUCAAGGGUUGUAUUUUAUUGAUGUCAUUCUUAGACUGCAACGGCGCUCUGAUUCCGUAUUUAUAUGAGUCCUGGAAAGACGAGAACACGGAUGGCAAAGAACGAAACAAGAGUCAAGGAAAAUGUACAAAUAGUCGAAUGUCACCGUCGGCGAACACGCAAGUCGGCGGAGACAACUUCGAGGACAGACAAUUUGUCGUGCUUGUAUCGGAGAGACAAGCGAGAGUUGUGGCGUUACCUUCCCAAAACUGUGUAUAUAGGCAACAGCUAGCGGAAAGUAAUUAUCCCGUAAUUAAGGCUGAAGUUACCUCACUCAAAGAUAAUAUCUGCCUGGUAUGUUAUGUUUCGACUGGUCACAUCACAACGUAUAGUUUGCCCAGCCUGAGACCACUGAUAGACAUUGAUUUUCUGCCUCUUACAGAUUUGAGUUUUCAGACCACAAAACACGGCAUUGUAGACCCCAUGUUGACCAUAUGGGGUCAUCAACUCUUUGUUAAUGGCGAUACCGAUCAGAUCGCAAAGACGUUUUGCUUCAGCAAUCGAGGUCAUGGUUUAUAUCUCUCAUCACCGAUGGAAAUACAAAAAUUCUCCGUUUCGAAUGAAUUCUGUGCCGAGUUGACGGAGAUGAUGGGUGAUUUGUUUAUUGGCCACGAUAUGCCAGAACCGCCUAAAGAGAGUUUCUUCAAAGGUUUAUUCGGUGGUGGUGCGAGGAGUCUCGAUCGGGAAGAAUUAUUCGGUGAAUCCAGCGGUCGUGCGUCGCGCACAGUGGCGAAACAUAUUCCAGGACCAAAUGAGGCUCUCCGAGAACGAGUCUCUAGCGCAACGGGCGAAGUAAAUAUGGCACAUCAGAUGGUGGUGGAGCGCGGCGAGAAGCUGUCGCAGCUCGAAGAGCGGACCGCACGCAUGAUGUCGGAGGCUGAGAAUUUUUCGCAAAGCGCUCAUGGACUGAUGCUCAAGUACAAAGAUAAGAAAUGGUACCAGCUAUGAGAACGCCAUUCGGUCCGAGCCCAAUGGGACGACGCACGUUUCUUUAGUUACUUAGCAUUCGUGUUUCGUCUGAGUUUUGUCGUAUUAAGAAACUAAAAGCUAGCUAUACUACGAUCCUCACGCACACAUGGGUAACUUCUACACAAAGGGAGAGAGAUAAAGCAGAUAUAUGUACAUGCGAUCAUCUGUGCGACGCACACGGUACACACGCACAUGCUGUAAACGAGAAACAAAAAAACAUAUAUUUCAAAGCGGAUAAGUACUGCGGCGAUCUCUCAAAUGUGUAAAUCUUUGCGUAUGAAUAAAUAAAAGAGAGACGUCAGCGAGAUAAAAGUCGCGACUUAUACACCGUGAUGCAUUUGCGCGGAUGUGACACAUACACAUGUACGUAUAAUUAUUUAAAAUAUAAAGUACUUAUAUACGCAAAGAUGCGACAGAAAUAUACGCGAGUCAAUAUAAGCAAUUAUGUAAUAAUUCGCCUUUUAACCGGUGGCACUCGUUAAUUCAUUCGGACGUCCUGUGAACGUGUUUAAUGGCGCCUUGCCUUGUUUGCUUCUCAGCAAAGAAUUGCCAAUAAGUAUUUAAGAACGUCACAUUGUUGCAGAGUUUAUGCACUUUUGGGUAGAUGGAAUCGAGUGAAACAUUAAGAAUCGCAUUAGUUAUAAAUAAAAAAAAAAUAGUACUUAUAUAUAUUACAUGAGUUCUCGUACAUUAAAUUAAUAUUAUAUAUGUAUUAUAAAAAGAGAACAUAUAUUAUUGGAACAAAAUACA